AUGACUGGGAGGGGAUUGGAACACCUGAAUCACAUGAUAGGGAGGGGAUUGGAACACCUGAAUCACAUGACUGGGAGGGGAUUGGAACACCUGAAUCACAUGAUAGGGAGGGGAUUGGAACACCUGAAUCACAUGAUUGGGAGGGGAUUGGAACACCUGAAUCACAUGACUGGGAGGGGAUUGGAACACCUGAAUCACAUGAUAGGGAGGGGAUUGGCACACCUGAAUCACAUGAUAUGGAGGGGAUUGGAACACCUGAAUCACAUGAUAUGGAGGGGAUUGGAACACCUGAAUCACAUGAUUUGGAGGGGAUUGGAACACCUGAAUCACAUGAUUGGGAGGGGAUUGGCACACCUGAAUCACAUGAUAUGGAGGGGGUUGGAACACCUGAAUCACAUGAUAUGGAGGGGAUUGGAACACCUGAAUCACAUGAUUGGGAGGGGAUUGGAACACCUGAAUCACAUGAUUGGGAGGGGAUUGGCACACCUGAAUCACAUGAUAUGGAGGGGGUUGGAACACCUGAAUCACAUGAUAUGGAGGGGA